AUGCUUGCUUUAUUGAAUAUGAUAAGUGACAAAGAAAUCCACUCCUAUACUUGAGUGGAAAUCCUACGCCCAAAUCCAAUAGCGACAACACAUACAAAUUUAGGAGAUAUCGAAGUCGAUGAGCAUAAUCGAGAGAGAGAUGGGAAGCAUCGUGUACAUGGAGAGCAUAAUAGUGCCGAUGAGCCUCUUCCUAACCAUGGGCUACCACGCUUAUCUAUGGCACAAGCUCAAAACCAAGCCGUCGCAAACCACCAUCGGCCUCAACAUCCUCAAGCGCCGCGCCUGGCUGCGGGAGCUCCACCAGGGCGACGACAAGAAGGGCAUGCUCGCCGUCCAGAGCCUCCGCAACACCCUCAUGUUCGCCAUCCUCACCGCCACCGUCACCGUCAUCGUCACCCUCUGCCUCGCCGCCCUCACCAACAACGCCCUCGGCGCCGCCGGCAUGCUCGGCGCCGGCGUCUUCGGCUCGCAGUCGCCGCGGAUCGUCGUGCUCAAGUACGCGUCGGCGUCGAUAUUCCUGCUCGCCAGCUUCCUCUGCAGCUCCCUGGCGGUGGGCUUUCUGGUGGACGCCAACUUCCUCAUCAACGCCAUCGGGGAGUUCGCGGCGGGGGGAGGCUACACGGAGGCGGUGGUGGAGAGGGGAUUCGCCAUGGCGGUGGCGGGGAAUAGGGUGCUGUGUAUGGCGCUGCCGCUCUUGUUGUGGCUGUUUGGGCCGCUGCCGGUGGCGCUCUCGUCGGCGGCCAUUGUGUGGGGGCUCUAUGAGCUUGAUUUUGUUGCUUCUCUCUCUAGAGUUGCUGUUUAAUUUACAAAUAAGCUGUUUCUAUUGCACGACUAACAUAUUGAUCAAUUAGUACGAUGAAAUUUUCGCCAUUUU